AUGGACCUCAUCUCUGCCGCCUACGAGAACUUCGGUCUGGUCAUUAACACGAAGAAGACAGUGGUGAUGCACCAACCGCCACCCAACUCAGCCACAGCCCCCAACGCGCCGCCGCAAAUCAGCGUGAACGAAACCCAACUGCAAGUGGUGGAGAACUUCCCGUACCUGGGCAGUACUCUCUCCCGCAACACCAAGAUCGACGACGAAGUCGCCAACAGGAUCUCAAAAGCCAGUCAAGCCUUCGGGCGCCUCCAAAGCACAGUUUGGAAUCGUCAUGGUCUCCAACUGAGCACGAAGUUGAAGAUGUACAAGGCCGUCAUCCUACCGACGCUACUGUAUGGAGCGCAGACCUGGACGGUGUACGCAAAGCAGACACGCCGUCUGAACCACUUCCACCUCAGUUGUCUUCGUCGCAUCCUGAGGCUGAACUGGCAGGAUCGAAUCCCCGACACUGAUGUGCUGGAACGAACGGGAAUCCUCAGCAUCUACGCCAUUCUGAGACAAAUGAAGCUGCGCUGGAGCGGACACCUGGUGCGCAUGGACGACGAGCGACUACCCAAACGACUCUACUACGGAGACGUCGCGACGGGUUUUCGCCGUCAAGUAAACCAAAUUCGCCGUUACAAGGAUACCCUGAAGACCUACCUGAAGCGCCUGCAAAUCAACACGGCCAACUGGGAAGAGCUCGCACUCGAUCGACCGACCUAG